AUGACGGUUUCACCAACUACGCCGCCACGGCUCUUUCUAAGUGCUAAUGCUGACCGCCGACAGCAGAGCCCCAGUGUUGAACUCGAAGCUGAAAUGUCCAUUUCCAUUGGCCCCUUCAUCUUCUUCUUGGCUGGUCCCACAACUCAAUGCACAGAGAGACAGAGAGGGAGAUCAAAGGAAAUGGAUGGCACUGGGCUUGCCCUCAUAAUCUUCUGUAUGGCACUACUUUUUAUCAGAAUUGUCAUAUGCGAUUGCUUGGUCAGGACAGAAGAUGCUGAAGAUGCUGCUGCUGCUGCUGUGGCUUCUUUGGAUCCCUGUGAAGGGUCCAAAGGUGGUGCUUGGAGGACUGGAGAGGCAAAUGAUGCUGCUGCGGCCGGAGCUUCUUCGGAUCCUAGUGGAGGAACCAAAGAUGGCAACAUGGAGGUCAUGGGCAAACUGGGAGAAGCAAUAGUUGAGAUAGCCGCCAUCUCUGCUGAAGACCGUCAUGGCAGCAGUAUCACAGUUGGCUGCUGUUGUGGUGGUGGAGGCGGGGUCGGGGGCGGCGGUGGUUGUGGGGGUCCUGGCGGGCGUUGUGGUGGUGGUGGUUGUGGUGGUGGUGGUUGUGGUGGUGUUGGUGGCGGCGGCGGCGGCGGCGGUUGUGGCGGUGGCGGUGGUGGCUGA